GACCCCAAAAAGCAUCAAGAGUUGUAAAGCUGCUGUGAACUCCUCAAAAAGCUCUCUCUUCUUUCUUUCUUUCUUUUCUUUGCUCUGCUCUCACCUCCAUUAUUUGACAGUCUCUUCAGAGCAAAUGGGGUACCUGCACAACCUCCCAAGCUGGCAUCAUGGCCCAUUGUCAGGUGUCUACUUUUCACAAUGCCCCAAACAAACAAAGCAAAAAAUGAAAAUCUCACUACUACCCUUUCUUUCUCCUACUUUCUUUACUACCUCUAUAUACUCAAAAAUGCACAAAAUUUAACAAUACCCAUAUCGAGAUAACCCCAAAAUAUACAAAUAAAGAAAAAAAAACUGAUCUUUUUCACAAAUAUCUUGUUUUUUCCUUCAUAUGGGUACAGUUUGUAUUAUGAUUUUGAACCUAUAAUGGAACUGGGUUCAGUUUCUUCUUCUGGUAAUUCAAGCUCAUCUGAUUCUUUGAAUGGUUUGAAGUUUGGUAAGAAAAUCUACUUUGGAAAUGUGGGUGUUGGAGUUCAGGUCAAGAAUGGAAGUGGGUCGUCGCCGGUGACCGGAGAUGGGAACAUGCCACCGGCUCCGGCGACGACUAAGAGGGGGAGGGGUGGGUUGGUGCAGGGUGGUCAUCCACCUAGGUGUCAAGUUGAAGGUUGUCAGGCAGAUCUGAGUGAUGCUAAGGCUUACUAUUCAAGGCAUAAAGUUUGUGGUAUGCACUCUAAGUCUCCUACUGUUGUUGUUGCUGGUCUUGAACAGAGGUUUUGCCAACAGUGUAGCAGGUUCCAUCAAUUAACUGAAUUCGACCAGGGGAAAAGGAGUUGCCGCAGGAGACUGGCAUGCCAUAAUGAGCGUCGUAGGAAGCCUCCAUCUGGAUCUCUUUUCUCUACACACUAUGGGAAUCUUUCUUCAUCAAUAUUUGAAAAUAAUAGCAGCAGAUCCGGAAGCUUUCUGGUCGACUUCAGCUCACACCAAAAUGUCAAUGAUAGUUCAUGGCCAAAUACUCGAGCAUCUGAACAAGGAUGGGAUCAUCAAUCAUCAGGGAAGUUCCUUCAACGUCCUUGGCUGAAUAACUCUGAAAGUGCUGCCAGUGAGCUUGUUUUGCAAGGUUCAGCUACCAGGACCAGUUAUCCUAGUGUUCCUUCUGGAGACUAUUUUCCUGGAGUCUCAGAUUCAAGUGGUGCUCUCUCUCUUCUGUCAAAUCGGUCCUGGGGAUCAAGGAAUCGAUCCCCAAGUCUUGGGGUUAACAGCCAAGUUCACAUUGAUGGGGUACACACCAUUCAACCUUCAGGUUCUCAUGGUGCACCUACCAAUCACUUCUCAAGCCCUUCAUUGAGUUUUAAAGGAAAUGAAGCUAGCAGCAGUUCACAUGAGAUGCCUCCUGAUCUCGGUUUGGGUCAAAUGUUACAAGCUUCUGAUAAUCCAUACUGUGGCGAGCUUGGGAUGGCUCAGCAUGGUGAUGGACGACAAUACAUGGAACUGGACCAGUCCAAGGGUUAUCAUCCUUCUGUUCAGAAUGUGCACUGGACUCUUUGAUUGUCCUCUCCUUCGUUUAUGAUCACGAUUGUAAGACUAUUUUGUUCAUUAUCUAGUUUGAUAUCUUAAAAGGCUGUCUGUUGACAAAUGACCUUUACUAUUAUGCCACCUACUGUGCAUUUCUGUUGGGCUAAACCCCAGAUGACUAUCGUUUUCUUCUUGAACUUUUUGAUGACUUACUUCGGUUUUUUCCUCUUGCUAAAUGAUAUUCAAGGGGUUAAAUGAAGUUUGAACAUUUAUCAAUAUAUAUGCUUCAUUAUG